GGUUGUAUUACCUUGACAUGAAAAUGCAAUCUACAAAAGUGAUCAAGUCAAAACAAGUGGAGGCGACGAGUAAAAAACCAGAGAAGGGCAAAGCGGGGAAAGUACGCACGGUUAACGGAACUACAAGUGAACCAAUAGUGCCCUCCGUGCGUAAAAGCCGCGCGUCGAGCUGCCAAAGGUGCCCGCAGAGGGAAAAGGGUGAGGGGGGCACCGUGGUGAGGGGACCUACCCGCAAACCGAGCUGUGAGAGGAGGGGCAGAUCCAGCUCCACCGCCCCCAGAACAGCAACAAAGAGGCCCAGAACUGACCCGGAUUACUGUAGGAGGGCCAGCUCUGUUGACCCAAAAUGCCGGGAGUUGAAGGAGCAGCAGGGGGUCAGAGCCGAGAGCAAACAUGUCAGUAACAGUUUCAGUAACAAAGCUUUCACGGUCAUCCCCCCGAACCCCAAUAAGAGAAGAGAGAUCCAGAGAAAGGCAGAGGCGGAGCUCGCCGCUUUGGAGGAGCUGAGGCUGAGCAGAGCAAUGGCGUUUGUCUCCAUCAGCCCCAGCACUGUGGGUGGCUGUAUGAGUCUGGAGGAAGUACGCUUGAAGCAGCAGCAGGAAAUGAUGCAAGCCAAGAGGAAGCAGAAGCCGAUGAUGAAGCAGCUGAUGGAGCAAACUUAAGGUGUUGGAUACAACAGAUACAAAUUAAACAUUGAAAUAUAAAUGUUAAUUACAAAAGUAUAGAAUAACAUCACCAGUUUUUUGUACAUGCAUUGUACUACAUAUUUUGUAUACAGUUGUUUAGUAUGUCAUGUGUUGUGUAUUUUGUAUAUUAAAG